GCAGCGCGGCGAUGCGCUGUGUCCCUCAGACACAACGGAUCACCGAUACCCGGAAAGAGCUGAAGAUGUUGGCUCGGUCAUGUGAUCAGCUGUGUCCAAUCACAGCUGAUCACAUGAGACAUGUACACUGAUCAUCAGAGCGCUGAUGAUCAGUGUGCCCUGAUGAUCUGUGUAGCCCCAUCAGUGCCACCUGUCAGUGCCCAUCAGUGCCAUGUGUCAGUGCUCAUCCAUGCCACCUGCCAGUGCCCAUCAGUGCCACAUCAGUGCCACAUUUCAGUGCCUAACAGUGUACAUCAAUGCCACAUAUAAGUGCCCAUCUGAGCUGCCUUUCAGUGUCACCCAGCAGUGCCAGUCAGUGCCACCUAUCAAUGCCAGUCAGUGCCACCUAUCAGUACUGCCAAUCAGUGCCACCUAUCAGUGCCAAUCAGUGCCGCCUAUCAGUGCCAGUCAGUGCCGCCUAUCAGUGCCAUCAGUGCCAUCAGUCAGUCAGUGCUGCCUAUCAGUG